AUGUCUUUGUCUAUGAUCUUCUCACUUUCACAAUUGAAGUUUGUGAAUAUCCUGGCUGGAUAUGGUCCUGAAAAUGAUGAGCUUUCUAUUGCUUCAUGGCUUGAAGAUGAUGUGAUCUUUUAUCAAACCGUGGAGAUUAAUGUGUCAAAGCUUUUUGGGAUUUACGCUGAAGCUAAACAACCUGCUUUAGUUUUGGAUGUUGAGAAAUUAAAUCAUUUUGUACCGGAGAGAACAAAAGAGAGUCCAGGAGGUCCAUGGAAGUUUGUUGGUUUAUUGCCCUUAUUUGACCCUCCCAGACAUGACAGUGCUGAUACAAUUAGUAAAGCCCUUAAUCUUGGUAUCAAUCCCUCGUCUUCAUUGCUUGGACAAGAUAACAAUGUCUCUGGUCUUCUUGUGGAUGAGUUGAUUGAGAAGGCUGAUGGAUUUGCUGGGUGUUUCCUGGUUGAAGAAGAAGAAAGGAAGCUUGAAGCUACGAUUGAAGAAACAGAGAAGCAGUGCUAG